ACAGGCACUUGGCACCGACCAUAUAAGACAUUUCUCUGUAGGGAGUGAAAGGGUCCCAAUAGCAUACACAAGAGAGAGCAAAAAGCUUUUCCAAUCUAUGGCUAUUCCCUAAAAAUGUUGUGUGCGUUCUGUUAGCAAGGUAGUGUUACUGCUCUGGCGGUUGCGUCAAACAGAAGCUGGGCCCAGUUCCUCCUCCGCAUCUAUCUAGCCUGCGUCUUCUUUGUUGCCCCUUUCCGAAAUCCGAUACCUUAAUCCACAACUCGGAUUUCCGAUAAAGCCAUGUCUAAAGCUCGAGUAUACACCGAUAUCAAUGUGCUUCGUCCUAGGGAAUAUUGGGAUUACGAAUCCCUAACUGUUCAAUGGGGUGAUCAGGAUGACUAUGAGGUUGUUCGAAAAGUUGGAAGAGGAAAAUAUAGUGAAGUUUUUGAAGGUAUAAAUGUUAACAGCAACGAGAAGUGCAUAAUCAAGAUCCUGAAACCUGUUAAGAAGAAAAAGAUCAAAAGAGAGAUAAAGAUACUGCAAAACCUCUGUGGUGGACCAAACAUUGUCAAACUCCUUGAUAUCGUCAGAGAUCAGCAUUCAAAAACUCCAAGCUUGAUUUUUGAGUACGUGAACAGCACAGAUUUCAAAGUUUUGUACCCAACGCUAACGGAUUACGACAUACGGUACUAUAUAUAUGAGCUUCUCAAGGCACUAGAUUAUUGCCAUUCACAGGGAAUAAUGCAUAGGGAUGUCAAGCCUCAUAACGUUAUGAUAGACCAUGAACUGCGGAAACUUCGCUUGAUAGAUUGGGGUCUUGCUGAAUUUUACCACCCAGGAAAGGAAUAUAAUGUUCGUGUAGCUUCAAGAUACUUCAAGGGCCCUGAACUUCUAGUUGACUUGCAAGAUUAUGACUAUUCUUUGGACAUGUGGAGCCUUGGCUGCAUGUUUGCAGGAAUGAUUUUCCGCAAGGAACCUUUCUUUUAUGGCCAUGAUAAUCAGGAUCAGCUCGUCAAAAUUGCAAAGGUACUUGGGACAGAUGAGUUGAAUGCAUAUUUGAACAAGUAUCAAUUAGAGCUUGAUCCUCAGCUAGAGGCUAUGGUUGGGAGACACAGUAGGAAGCCGUGGUCCAAAUUUAUUAAUGCAGACAAUCAGCAUCUAGUGUCACCGGAGGCUAUAGAUUAUCUUGACAAGCUUCUCCGUUAUGAUCAUCAGAGUAGACUUACUGCAAGAGAAGCAAUGGCCCAUCCAUAUUUCUCGCAAGUGAGGGCUGCAGAAACUAGCAGGAUGAGGACACAGUAGCUUAUAUGUCUUGCUGUUAAUGGGAAGAAAAAAAAACUAUGGUGUAAUGUACUUGUGUAUCCAUUUAUGUGACAUUUGUGAGAACUGUGUAUUUGAACUUGAGCAGACAUCUGAAUUCAGGAAUUUCAGAUCUUCAUCAUUGAACAUUUCAAGAGAAAAAGAUUUUGUA